AUGUUCACCACCAAAGCGCUCGCCCUUUUCUCGCUCCUCGGUCUGGCCUCCUGCCAGACCACAGUCGGCUUCGGUCCAUACUUCUCCCUCGGACCUACCUCGUCAUGGAUCCGAGAGGCUACCACAACCCUUGUCCUGCCGGACACGCCAAGCCCGCAGAAGGACCGUCUGGCCCUAUGGCCGGGCAUGGGCACUAGCGGAGGCGACCUGAUCCAGGCUCUUGCCGUGUCAUUUGCGGAUCCUGCGGCGAACUGUGGCGCCAAUGUAGGACAAUGGUGCACGUGGGCUAGUACUCUCCAGGGGACACAACUAGGGGGUACCCAAGUACCUGCUAACCCGGGUGAUAAGCUCACCAUGCAUUACAAGUAUAACGAUAGCACCGGCAAGUAUGACCAGACUGUGGCCAUUAACGGAAAGAUUGUCUCCACACUAUCUACCAGUUCCGGUCACGCUCAAGGCUGGGGUACAGCCGUCGAAUGCCAGGAUGAUGCGUGCCACAGCACUGCGGCUGCUCACCAAUAUCUUGACACCACCAUUAUUCUGAACUCGGCUGACAACUCGUUCGGCAAAACCUUGGCCAUCAACGAAGCUACCUCCUCUGGAUUGACUACUUCGGACGGAGGCAAGACCUGGACUGUGGCUACUAUCCAUAUUAACUCUCACACUUACAACCUGAAUAUGUCAGCGAACUUGGCCGCAACGGCAACAGCAACAACAUCUGCCCCCACAUUUCCUCAAUUCUCCAACCUCCCCCCGGAGCUGCGCAUUCUAAUUUGGCACGCAGCCCUCCCCGAGAAAGACAACCCAGCCCUAAUCUUCUUCAAAAAAGGCUGUUGGCGCCUAGGACGUCCCUUAGAAACCGAGCAGGGGCACGACCCCACUAAUCGACCCCACCCAGACUUCUACUUUAGUCCUGAACUACUAGACCACGUGGAAGUCAAUGUCCCACUGUUCUUUGUCAACCGCGAAGCGCGCAGGAUCGCUCUAGCCUGGUGUCGCGAGCAGGGGAUCUCAAUCCGCUUCUCCGGCAGCCAACAAUCCCCAAUCUUUGCGCGCCCGUUCAACUCACAGCACGACGUGCUAUACGUCCCGCUAGACGAAUGGGACGGCUUCCUCCUCGAGCCGUAUGAUCAGAUGUUUAGGUUCUCCCACGAUAUCAGCACAUAUGCUCUGGAGCUGGGGGGCAUAGCUGUGCCUGAGGUGCAGAUCCAUAGCAACGCCUCGGUACUGCAUGACCUGUUCGGGUGGCCCUAUUGUCCGGCGGUGCUGUAUGCCGUCAUCGACCCACCGCCGCAUCUGCGGUUGGAGUAUGCAGGGCUAAAUGUCCAGCGGCGCUGGGAGGUUCAGGCCCGGCCGGGAGGGUCAUUGUUCUAUACCUGGAAUGACGGCCGUGGUAGCUUUGAGGAGGGGCCUGGUGGGUGUGCUGGUCAUGGAGAAUUGUACGAGCGGAUCAAAGAGGCUAGUAAAGGGCUGGGUGAAGGGUUUACAUUGCACAAGGUCCGUAGCUUUGAGGUCCGGCCUGUCUGUGCCGUUCGAAAUGAGGGAAGCACAUAG